AUGGCCCAAUCAGGCGUUUCCGUUGCACCCGAAUGCAUCACCGCAUUCAACGACCUCAAGCUCGGCAAGUCGACCAAGUGGAUCAUCUACAAGAUCUCGGACGACUGGAAGGAGAUUGUCGUCGANGACUCAUCCACCGAGGCCAACUACUCCGUCUUCCGCGAGAAGCUUCUCAACGCAAAGAGCAAGGACCGAAGAGGCAACGAGGGCAUUGGUGGCAGAUACGCCGUCUACGAUGUCGAGUACGACACUGCUGGCGAGGGCAAGAGAAGCAAGAUUACCUUCAUCGCCUGGGUCCCUGAUGAUGCAUCGCAAUACGUGAGCCCAUGCCUCGUCCGACCAUCUACAGCCACACGUACUGACUGCUCCAACUCUAGNCCCCGUAUGAUGUACUCGUCCUCCAAGGAAGCCAUCAAGCGCUCCCUCAACGGCCUCGCCGCCGACAUUCAGGCCAACGACCCCGAUGACAUUGAGUACGAGAGCAUCGUCUCCAGAGUCGCCAAGGGCCGCUAA